AUGGGGCAAGCUACCCAUAUACUGCAAGCAUUAGAUUCCACGAUGAUGAGCCAGCAAGAGCUUAGCCGCAGAACACUGCUCCCUCCUAUAAAGCUUGAGAGAUUUAAUGGGGAUUUAACCAAGUUUGUCCAGUUCCGCAAUACAUUUACAUGGAAUGUAGAAAGCAACACUGAAGAUCCCAAGAGAAGGUUGACUCAUCUUUACAAUCAGCUAGAUGGCCCUCCAAGAAAGCUUAUAGAAAUGAUGCCUACGUUGUUGAAUAAGGAAUAUGAAGACUCGCAUAACCUUAUUGAGGCCUACAUCAGGAAACUACUGGAGUGGAAGGACAUUGAUGUGAGUGAUGUAGAAGAGUUAGAGGAGUAUGGUUCUUAUCUCUUCAAUGUGCAGUGUGCUCUUAGAGAAAAUAUUAUGAGGAUGGAGCUAAGGGAAGUGAUGACUAAAGUGGUUAGCAAACUACCAAGUACCUACGAAAUAAAUGGGCAGCUAGUAGCCUUUGUCAAGGAGCAAGCCAAGGUUGCAAAGGAAGGCAGGUAUAUCGAAGAAGCGCGAAGUAAACAACUUUCUAUUAGGAGAAAAGUUGCUGUAAUCAAUAAGCCUAAAGGACUCACUAUCGCUGGAAUACGGCCAUGUCCAAGAGGCUGUGUUUCCGUUGCCUUAAACCCUCUCAUGGCCAUAGAGACUGCAAGGAUAAAAGUAAAUGUGGUCAGUGUGGUGCAGAUUCACAUCACACAAUUCUGCACAGACCUCUGUUCAAACAUCCUACACUUCAGCACAAAGGACGGUAAAAUUAACACGAGGAGAGAACUGAGCCGUAGCACCUAUGGAGACAGCCAGAACCAAAAUGAGGUCAACAAUAAAAUUUACACGUACGCCUUCAUAGAUUGUGGUGCUGCAGUUACAUUAGCUGCCAGAAGUUUAAUUAAGAAGCUUGGCAUUAAAGGUAAACACAUAAGCCAAACGAUGCGCACCGAAAAUGGAGACUUCAAGUGUGAUGAACUGGUCUCUCUAUCAAUUGGAAGUGUGGAUGAGGAAGAGGAUCUGAUGUUGGAUGAUGUUUUAUGUCACUGGGAAGCUCAGUGUGACUACAGACCACAUGAUGCCAGUCCAUACAAAGAUGUUGAGCUUAUAAUCGGCCUGAACAGCUUCCUGUGUCGUCACAUUCUCAGUCAACGGCAUGGCCAAGAAAAUGAACCAUCUGCUUACCUCACAAGGUUUGGUUGGGUAGCAUUUGGACCAACAGGACUAAAGAAUUCUAUCCAAAUUCGACAUGUCCACCACAUACAACCCACAGAUAAUUUGAGAGAAUGCCUGCAAGAACACUUUAAUAAGGAUUUUUGGGAGAAGGAGAUUCAUUCCCGCCAUGAAGAUUCUGUUGAAGAUAAAUUGUUUACAGUGAAGGUGUCAGAAUCCAUUCGUCAGGAAUCUGGAAAGUAUAUUCUCAAUCUUCCCUUUAGAAAUAAGUUUCGACUCCCAAACAAUCUUGAAAAUUACAUCAGCAAAGGAUAUGCUGAGCUUGUGCCAACCACUUUGUUGGACCGAGAUGAUGGCAGAGUAUGGUAUAUGCCACACCAUGCUGUGCACCAUCCCACGAAGCCCAAGCUUAGAGUCGUCUAUGAUCUUAAGGCUAAAUUCCAAGGAAUCUCGCUGAAUGAUCAUCUCCUACAAGGCCCAGACCUAACAAAUGCAUUGAUUGGUGUGAUCCUAAGGUUUCGCCAAGGUCAAUAUGCUGUCACGGCAGACAUAGAAGAAAUGUUUCAUCAGGUGAAAGUUCCCCCAGAAGAUCGAGAUGUACUCCGCUUCCUGUGGUGGCCAGGAGGAGAUACCAGUCGAGCACCUGUAGAGUAUCGUAUGUCUGUCCAUGUUUUUGGAGCCAAGUCAUCACCCAGCUGUGUUAACUUUGCCCUCAGAAGAACAGCAGAGAGCAUGGUAGUCAGUAUGGCAAUGAAGUGA